UCAGCAACCAUGAUCCAUUUCGCAUUACCCAUGGAUUUCAGAUUCCUUCCAAUAUUCCUGAUGAUGGCUGCAGUUACCAUCACAUUUUCGGCGCCUGUACAAGAAGAAACAGCUCCUGCACCAGUGAUUGUUGAAGUCUACAAUCCAUAUAACUUCGGAUAUGAGUUUGGAGACGGCUUUGGAAUGACCCAGCAUAAGCAUGAAUCUUCAGACAUCAACGGUGAAGUGAAAGGUAGUUAUGGCUAUACCGAUCCCAAUGGAUUGUACAGGAGUGUAGAGUACACAGCUGGCGUGGACGGAUAUAAAGCUAUAGUCCGGAGUAACGAGCCAGGACUUAGUAGCCAAGACACAGCAGACGUUACUUUCUUGGUGGAACCUCCUCCCCCUGAAGUCCUCGCUCAGCAGGUCUUUCCAAGUUCCUCCACUGAGACCUUUGUUACCGAAAUAUAA